UGAGGAUGACGGUUUUGUUGUUUUCUUUUAAUUACUCAAACUUCUAUUAUUUUUUCUGUCUCAAGCAUUUUCACAUACCUUAUCCGUUAUAGUCAACACGUUCGGUCGGUUCAGGCGUAAAAGACCCACAAGACUAUGAACCUUUCCGAAACCCUUUUUUCCUGCUUCAUAUGCUCCUUCCCAUCCGGAUAUGAAAAUGAAUUUGCCAGCUUCAUUCUACUAUUCAAAAAACAACAGAUAUUGCCAGCUAGAUUUGACUAGAACUAUUAUUAGCCUAUAAAAAGGGAUUUAAUAGCCCUAACAUCACACUUGCUUGUUCUCACAUUCAGCUUUCUCAUCUUAAUUUCCAAAGCUCUCUGUGUUUGUUUAGGAAAAGGAAGAUGUCAUCCUCUUCCACAAUACUUUCAUCAGUACUUCUGCUUUCUCUAUUUGUAUUUACUCUUUUAACACCCUCAGAAGGGAACUUUUAUCAAAACUUUGACAUUACAUGGGGCGGCGAUCAGCGUGCUAAGAUACUCAAUGGAGGCCAACUUCUCACACUUUCUCUGGACAAGGAUUCUGGCUCUGGCUUCCGGUCCAAGAAUGAAUACCUCUUUGGAAGAAUUGACAUGCAAAUCAAGCUAGUUCCAGGCAAUUCAGCUGGCACUGUCACUACAUAUUACUUAUCAUCUGAAGGGCCAAACCAUGAUGAGAUUGACUUUGAAUUUUUGGGCAACUUGUCUGGAGAUCCUUACAUCCUCCAUACCAAUGUGUACAGCCAGGGAAAGGGUAACAGGGAACAACAAUUUUAUCUCUGGUUUGACCCAACGAUAGCCUUCCACACCUACUCUAUUGUCUGGAACCGUCUACGCAUCAUAUUCAUGGUUGACAAAAUUCCUAUCAGAGUUUUCAACAACAUGGAAUCGAUGGGGGUUCCAUUCCCCAGCAACCAACCCAUGAGGAUUUACUCGAGUCUCUGGAAUGCUGAUGACUGGGCAACAAGGGGUGGCCUUGUGAAAACUGACUGGACUCACGCUCCUUUCACUGCCUCAUACAGAAAUUUCAACGCCAAUGCCUGCAUUUGGUCAUCCUCUCAGUCGUCUUGUGCCUCCAAGUCCACCAAUUCACUGCAGACAAAUGCUUGGCAGGAUCAAACUCUUGAAGCAGCUGGCCGAAACAGAAUUAGAUGGGUGCAAAACAAGUACAUGGUUUACAAUUAUUGCACCGACUUCAAACGGUUCCCUCAGGGUCUUCCGCCAGAAUGCAAGCGGUCAAGGUUCCUCUAGAGAGAUUGCAUGCACCUAGUUCUACUAGUCAUUCCAAACAUAAAAAUGUCCAUGAAAUUCUUUGUUCUUUCAUUAUUUAUGCAAAUAUUACAAUUGAAUAAAUCAAUUCUGG